AUGAAAUUUUUGCUUCUGUUUACCUACUGCACCGCUGCAAUUGCUAGUCUCGUCGCUACGGCUUCGAAUGACAAUGCAGUGCAAGUGCGCGAUCCCACCGCCGAUUCAGCCACCGAUGGGGGUAGUUUGGCUCGAUUACUGAGCCGUGACUCUUCCGAUGCUUAUCAAGAGGCAGCGAAGGCCGCCGGAGGCUCGCUCAGUUCCAACACCUACUAUUACUUCAUGAACUGCGCCAUCGCACCCGACUGGUACCAGGCAACGACUCCUCUUACGCAGUGGGCAUUGUCAGAACACGGAUGCAACCAUGUCGGACUCGUCGUUGGCAAGACGGCCAGAAUUUUAAAGAAGUUCAAAGCUACCUACAUCCAUAUUAGGCUUUUCUCAAAUGGAUUUUCCCAGUCGAGCCACGAUUAUACUCCUUACCAGGACCAGAAGCUGGUCUAUGGCGGUCGCACCUCCUCAUCCAAGGCAGACGUUGACAGGCUUGUCGCGAAAGGCGAUGAAUGGCUUGAAGGGUCUGGCACAGUGCUCACGGAACAGUAUAACUGCGUAGCACACUACAGAUAUCUCGAAAGUUUACUUUGA